CCCGCUCAGCGCCCCCCAAGAUGGCGGCCUGCGGGGCAGCGGCGGCCGCGGGCGGGGGCAGCGGGAGGCGGCGGCCGGGGCCGGCGGGGCGGGCGGUGGUGGCGGCAGCGGCGCUGGCGGCGCUGGGCUGGCUGCAGGCAGCGCGCGGCGCUGGGAGCCCCCCCAGCGACCUGCUGCUGCAGCCCUACUUCCCGGCCCGGCACGGCCCUCGCCACCACCACCGGCACGUCCGAGACUGCCAGCCCCUCAAGUACGGCAACGUAACGCACCAAACCUGGCCCAGCGACAACGGGACGGGCGGCCCAGUGGCUACCACCAGAACGUUUGUUUCUUACAUCCCCUCAGGGGGCAAGGACCGCAUGGCCGUCUAUGGCCACUUCACUUUCGUGAGGAACCCCCUGAGGACCUUCUCCGUGCUGGAGCCGGGCGGCACGGGAGGCUGCCAGGCUCACCGCAGAGCCCCCGUGGAAGAAACUGCAAAGCUCAGGAAGUGUCUGGUGGCCCAGAACGGCGGGUACUUCGACAUGAGGACCGGAGAGUGCCUUGGGAACGUCGUGAGCGAUGGAAAGCUGGUGAGAAACUCUGGAGGCCUGCAAAACGCUCAGUUUGGCAUCCGGAAGGAUGGCACCAUGGUGUUCGGUUACCUGUCUGAGGAAGAUGUCUUGGAUCAAGCAAACCCUUUUGUGCAGCUUGUGAGCGGAGUGGUUUGGCUCCUAAGAGAUGGAGAAGUGUACAUCCAUCAGAGCCAAAUGGCUGAGUGCGAUGAAAUUCAAACCACAGGAACCUUUGACAAGUUCAUCAAUGUGAUAUCAGCCAGGACUGCGGUUGGACACAACAGGCAGGGGCAGCUGGUCUUGGUUCACGUGGAUGGACAGACAGAAUCCAGAGGGGUCAACCUCUGGGAAAUGGCUGAAUUUUUGAAGCAGCAAGGAAUCAUCAAUGCCAUCAACCUGGAUGGUGGAGGGUCUGCAACACUGGUCUUAAACGGGACCCUGGCAAGCUACCCGUCUGAGCACUGCUCCUUUGACAACAUGUGGCGUUGCCCUCGGAGCAUCUCGACCGUUGUGUGCGUCCAUGAGCCCGCCUGUGAGCCCGCAGACUGCAGCGGUCACGGGGACUGCGUGGAAGGGGAGUGCCGCUGCGCCGGGGGCUUCUGGAGGGGCCCAGCCUGUGACAUUUUGGACUGCGGCCCUUCCAACUGCAGCCUGCACGGCGUCUGCACCGACACUGGAUGCCGGUGCGAUGCUGGCUGGACCGGCAGCAGCUGCAGCGAAGCUUGUCCUAGUGGUUUCUAUGGGGAUGCUUGCACCCAGAAAUGCCAGUGCCGCAACGGUGGCUUGUGUGACCCCGUGCACGGAGCCUGUUCCUGCCCCGCUGGGUACUACGGCACCAGCUGUGAGCAAGAGUGUCCCAUGGGCUGGUAUGGACUGAACUGCCAGAAGCCCUGUGCGUGUGAACACACAUGUCCCUGUGACCGGGAGACAGGCAGCUGCAACGUCACCUAUGACUCGGCCAUACAGGACCAGUUAAACAAAGCUGGGCGGUGUUUGGCUUCCCAGAAUAAGGGAACGAGCAAAAAAGAGUUCUCUCUGUCAGAAAAAACCUGGGUCUCCGUGACCGCUGUCUUGGCUCUGCUGCUCGUGAUCAGCGCCGUGGGAAACGCAGGCCUUUUUCUCAAGGCGCGGUCAGAGAGGCACCGUGAGAGCGGCCGCUAUCUCUACCAGCCCCUGAGGGAGAUGAACGGGGAAGCCAGUCACCCCUCCACAUCUGCUGCCUGCGAGCCAGAAGAUCCCCAGGACCAGAGUCAGGCGCUCCUCCAGAGUCCCGGAUGAGAAGAGAUGAGAAGCCAGUGUGGGCAGCCACCAAGAGUAAGCUCUCCCACCGGGGAAGGGAGGAGACAGCAGCAGCAUGACACAACCGGCCCCGAUGAGCCCCUGCUGCCCUCGGCCAGCGGGACACCGGUGCAGCGGCCCUUGCUCACUGCUGCUAGAACCACGCUUCCCUCCUCCGAGGGAACGACCGCCAGCAGCGAGCUGGGACCCCCACCAGUGCGUGCUUCAAGCACCCCAAGGUCUCUCAGCUGGAAAGCAGACAUUUUACUGGAAGACAUCUUUGCACAAGGUAUUUAAAAAAAACAACCCCAAAACACACCACAAAACCAACGUAUUUGAGUUCACUUCUAUGUGAGGGAAGACCAGCCUUUAACGCGCUACUUUAAUGCUGCAAAGGGGGGUGGGGGGUGUGAAAGCCUGUCUGAGCCUGAAUAUUAACGUUUUUAUGCACUCUGUUUUUAUCUCUCCAAGGAUAUGUAAUUUCUGUGCCACUGUUGGCAUCAAAUCAACCUGUAAAUCAAGAUUCUAUUUUUUUAUUAUUUACAGAAGAAUAUUUGAAACUUGAAUAAAGUCUAUUAG